UUUGACAUAACAACAUAACCUACGCAUUUUCCGUGCAUUUCCGUGUUUAAUAUUGGUUUCACAUUUACCUUAAUUACAAUUUUUACAAUGAAUAAUCAGAAUCUCGACCUAAAAAGUGCGUGGAACACUAUUAUACAAGCAUUUCCCAUUUUAGACAGUUUUUCAAAGAUUUCUGAUGAUGAUUUCGACUCUGCUUCAUUUGAGGCUAUCAACAUUAUCAAAAGGCUUAAUUUAACACAACAAAUUCAGGAUUUGGUCAUAAUAAAAAUUGAGGAACGUUUAAAGAAAGAAAUAGUCCCGGACUUUUGGUCUCAUUUUCAGAAAACUGAGAAGGAAACAGCAGUUUUUCAAGAAUUUUACAAUGUGAUUAAAACUUUGUUUUAUAAUUAUAUGAAACUUGAUUUAAUUAUUAACAAACUGAUGCUUCUAAGAGAGGCAAGCAAUUUUACUAAACCUGUAUAUAAUCAUACUUGCCUUCAUGAAGCUUUAAAGUUAAUUAUUAGAGCUGUUUUAUUAUCCCAACUACCUGUUUAUCAUGAAUGGAUGAUUAUAAGUUUUUAUGAAACAGCACUUAAAAUGCAAGACCCAGAGGACGAAAAUAGUACAAAUGGGCAGUGUGUUGUGUGUAUGCAAGAGAAAUUUUCUUGUUCCUGUCACGAAAUGUUUGAAGAAACUAAUAAGAAGUUGGCUAAAAUGACCUUAUUGGAACCCUUAAUUGGUCAGGCUUUAACAGAUUUGAUUUAUAAUUACAUUCAGACUCAUAUCCAAAAAAUCUGUAAAGACAAUUUUGAUAAUUCACACAUUGAAAGCUUAGAAAAAUGGCUUCAAACCGUUGUUAUUUCGUGGUUGAAAAAAAUUUACUAUUAUAAUCCUGCAGUCGAAGCUAUGGAUGAAUUUGAUAAAAAACUAAUUAAUUAUUUAUACAAUACUUACACUAAAAUACGAAUUGAUCAGUUAUUUAGCAUCAUAAUUGAAUAUCCUGAUUCACUUCCCGCCCUCGAAGACCUUCGACUAUGUCUUCCCAAGACCGACUUAAAACCUCAUUUAACUAGAACUUUGCAAAAAGCAAUUGAAACGAGAUUGUUACAUCCAGGAGUCAGCACUUUUGACGUCUUGAUGGCUUAUGUGGCGACAAUUCGAUCAUUGCGGGUUUUAGACCCUUGUGGACUACUUUUAGAGACAAUCACUCAACCAGUUCACCAGUAUUUGAGAAGUCGGGAAGACACAAUAAGAUGUGUGGUGAGUAGUUUGACCGAAGAAGGUCCCAAUGACUUAGCUGAAGAACUAGUUCGAGGCGAAGCCGUGCAAAUAGAUGAGAAUACCCCCACCGAAGAGGGUGUUGAAGACUGGGAAACAUGGACCCCUGAUCCGGUAGAUGUUGUCCCUAGUAAUGGCAAAUCUUCGGCACUUCCUCGUACUUCUGACAUAAUCUCAAUGCUAGUCAACGUCUACGGCAGUAAAGAACUCUUCGUUAACGAAUAUCGUACGUUAUUAGCCGAUCGUCUUUUGUCUCAAUACUCCUGCGACACGGAGAAAGAAAUUCGUUAUCUUGAACUCCUCAAGUUGCGAUUUGGUGAGUCGCAACUCCACUAUUGUGAAGUUAUGUUGAAAGAUAUCGUCGAUUCUAAGCGAAUUAAUCAACAUAUCCAGCAAGAUUUGAGUUGUUCUGACGAUGAGAUUCCCAUGUCGGCCAUGAUACUAAGUGCACAAUUUUGGCCACCUUUCAAGGACGAGAAGCUUGAACUCCACAAUAAAUUAGUGAAACAGAUGGAGAGUUACACCGGCGCUUUUGAAACUUUGAAAGGGAGUAGGACUUUGUGUUGGAAGAAUCACUUAGGGAUUGUGGAUCUUGAAAUCGAGUUGGCUGAUAGGACAUUGAAUUUGUCGGUUUCACCAGUGCAUGCGACGAUUCUAAUGCAUUUUCAAGAUAAGAAUACUUGGUCUUUGGAAGCUUUGAGUAAAGUAAUGCACGUACCGUCGACAAUUCUAAGACGCAAACUGAGUUUUUGGCAAUCACACGGUAUCAUAACUGAGCCCGAACCAGACGUUUUUUAUUUACAGGAAGAACAAGAAAAUAACGAAAAUAAUAUACAGGAUGAUAUUGUUGUUGAAGAUUUUGAAUCAGAGUCGGCAAUGGCUAGUGCUCAAGACCAACGUGAAGAGGAAUUACAGACUUUCUGGUCGUACAUUUUGGGUAUGUUGAUGAAUUUGGAUACGUUGCCCUUGGAGAGGAUUCACCAAAUGCUGAAAAUGUUUGCCUUUCAAGGCCCUACAAUUGAGUGUAAUUUGCAGGAAUUGAAAGUGUUCUUGGAUAGGAAAGUUAGAGAGCAUCAAUUAAUUUAUUCUAAUGGAUUAUAUAGACUGCCUAAAUAAAUUGGUUUUCUUUUU